CGUUAGUGCUGCUAUGCAGUAUUUUCUUGUCGAUAUGAGAUAAGUCUGAACUUGUAUUUUACAAUUCACAAAUACGUUUUGAUUAGUUUGGAUCUGCUUCAUAGUAUACUUGCAUUGAAGAUUCGCGCUAUUUCUUUAAGCCAAUAUUUUGAGAAGUGUUCUGGAUGGUUUGAUAGAAGAGUUCUUACAUUUGAAACAUAGAUUGUUCAGGACUACGUACCAAAAUGACGAUUUCACGUUUGACAAGCGGUUUGAAAUCUCCAUGGAGAGUACUCUUAUUCGUCUUUCCUUGGACAGCAUGUCUGUUGACGUUAGCCCUACAAGAACACUCGGUUGGAUAUACCAGGGAGAUGGAACCCAACAAAUGUCGUCUGGAGAACAAGACUGAUGGAAUUAAAGCUUUCUGCUCUAACCUGAGACUGAAGUCGAUUCCACAGGAUCUACCACCAAACACAACCACAUUGAUUGCGUCUCACAACAUCAUGCAACUCCUACAGAAUGAUUCCUUUGAAAACCUUACGCGGCUCGUGUCACUAAACGUAGGAUCAAACCAAAUUUCUCAUCUAGAUUCUAGAACAUUUUUGCCUCUCUCCGAUCUGCGAGUCUUGAAUAUGGCAAAGAACAGGCUUACCCACCUGACAGAUGAUGUGUUUGAUUCAAAUCCUCUUCUAUCACUCUUGAUACUCUCUUCAAACUGUUUCUCAUCCGUGCCAUCUGGUGCUCUGGCAACACUUCAUCAACUACAAAUGGUAUCUCUUGAUCACAAUAAUAUUCAGAAAGUUGACUUCACAGCUUUUCGUCAUCUAAAUAACAUAUCGGUCAUUGAUUUGAGUAGGAAUAUAAUUUCUUCUCUUCUGGCUUCUGAUUUUGAACCCCUUCAGAAUUCCUCUCUGGAUUCCAUCAAAUUGGCAUAUAAUAUGGUGCGGAGUCUUCCAUUUGGAACAUUCUCAUUCCUUCACAGAGUGAGUACCCUUGAUCUUCAGCAGAACGCGUUCCUCGAAUUUAACGUGAACUCCUUUCUAGGUAGUGUUAUUAUCAGUGAGUUGUCAGUGUCAUAUUGUAAAAUUGGGAGGAUCGUUCCUCUCAAAGCCACUAGUCUCCAUAACAAGACAACCCUUUCCAUAGAUUCUGUUGAAAUGGAUGGGAAUGAAAUUUGUUCUAUUCCGGAUUAUGCCUUUAGAGGUUUCAGUCAAACCAGAACUCUUAAUAUUAUAAAAAACAAGGUUACAACCAUGACUAACGGUUCUUUCUGUGGACUUGAUUCCUUGGAAAACUUGGACAUAUCUGAAAACCAUAUUAAUUCCUUGCCCUCUGGCCUGUUUCGGUGUAACCCCCGACUGCUGGUACUGAACAUUGCGCGCAAUGAAAUCUUGGUGGUGAAUCCUGUAGCAUUCUGUGGACUGUCGGUCCUUCUCAAGCUUGACCUGUCUCAUAAUUUCAUUGGACGUAUGGAUACCCACCAUUGGAAUAACACUGCACUUCGAGUUCUUGACAUUUCCCAUAAUCAGUAUACGUAUAUAAACAAAAAAAUCUCUUCCUUUGGGGUUUAGCGAACCUCAAAGUUUUGAGCAUUUCCUACAAUGAAAUAGAGACAUUCUCUGCAUACACGUUCGACAAUGUCUCAUCCCUUCAAGAGCUUUAUCUCACGGACAUG